AUGUCGAGGUCGAGACCCACCAGCGGGGCCUUGAUGCCCGGCGCCGUCAUCUUAACACCACCCACUCUCUCGGAGAUCCUCUCGAACACCUCUAUGCCGCCAUGGACACUAGCAGCAUUCAUGGCAUACCUCUCUCAGAACCACUGUCUGGAGACCCUAGAAUUCACUAUGGACGCCGACAGAUAUCGCAAGGCAUACGAGCAGAUCAUCACCAACCAGGAAUGGAUCGGCGAUGGUAAAGAGCAUGUCUGCUCAUUGUGGGAGAAGCUCAUGCAAGCAUACAUCAUUCCAUACGCGCCGCGCGAGGUAAAUCUUCCUUCGCCCGUGCGGAAUCAUCUUACGAACCUGGACUGCUCCUCCGCCCCACCUCCUCCAAGUGAACUCGACGACGCCGUCAGAAUCGUCUACGAGCUCAUGAACGAUUCUGUACUUGUUCCCUUCAUCGAGUCGGUCCAACCGGGCCAUGGCGAUUGCCGUACGGCGGAGGACGAAGGCCGACCUGGUCGCCUGCGCCUUCGGGCCGAGGGUGCUGGGGCUAGGUCAGAAGAGCCCGUGAAGUCUCCCAAGUUCCUACCCCAGCUGACUUUGGGUCGCAGUGGUGCCACAAGUCGAUCGGCUUCUGCGUCUGGCGAACACGCUGAACGCGAGGGAUUGACAGAUGAUAGUGGAAGCGCUGUUUCUCCUGGCACAGAGCCAAUGACUCCUCCCACUACUCCGCCAACUUCAGACUGGACAUUCAGUACCUCCCCAGGUGGACUUCAACGGGCAUUGACCGCACACAAUAACGGGUGGAAGAAGGUUGGCGCCAAGCUGGGUCUCCAUCGCAAGUCACGCUCUAACCGACGAAACAACCCGACAUCAUCGGCCCCAAUCACUGAUGGGGACGUCACCAUGGCUGAAGGCAGCCAGAGCAACCCUUUAUAG